AUGUCAGCCGCUGGCAUUGCCCGGCACGGCGGACUGCGGUGCUCUCGUGCCUUAGUGCAGCCAUCGGCGCCGAUGGCGGUGUUGGUCCGUGGCUGUUGUUGUUUGUACGCGCUGCGGUUCUUCGCGUACUCUCCUUACGACAGCAUCCGCAAACCACCCAAGGGGAAGGGAGGCUCGCGCGCCUCGUGCAACCCAAUCAAAGUGGCGGGCAUGAGCGUCACCAACAGUAAUUGCGGAUUCCCUGACAGGGCUUGCGGGGAGUCCCCUACUCCGUGGAAGUUCCCGGAAACACUCAAGAGUGGUCGCUACAAGGACGAACGCCAACGACGCAGGCGGUAUGAGGGACCGAAGGUGCGCGAUUCUGCGGGACCAGACAGACGGUUCUACCGACGAUUGAAGGACUUCCGCGAGGUGCAAGAUGAUGACCCCUACGCUGGCGUUUUUAACGAACGGGAUUCGGUGAAGAAACAGCGAGUGAAGGAGUGGCAGCGUCAGUUCGAAGAGGAAAACGCUGAUGUCGAGUUACCCUACGAGCGCACGAACGUGCUCGCUCGCUUGGCGCCGAAUUGGUUCGUUCGGUAUUUUGUCAACAUGCGAGACCGUGGUGGGGCGGACUCUCUCGUACAUGUGGUGAUCCUUGCCGUUGGCCUCUUUAUGACAUUGUGGAUUAUAGGGAGACUCUUCUACACACCACCCAGUCAGGCACGUCCCAUAUCCGAGCUACGUUAG